AUGGCAAAUCGAAACCUCAAAGAUGGUAAUUCUAUUCAGAAACAUGAUGCUCAGAAGCUUUUGAAGAAGUUGAACAAACCGGCUGUUAAGACUAUCAAGAGUCCUGAUGGAGAUAUAAUUGACUGUGUUGACAUUUUAAAACAACCGGCUUUCGAUCACCCAAAACUGAAAAAUCACAAAAUUCGGAUGAGGCUCAGCUCUUACCCAGAAGGGAUAGUAUUUGAAGAAAGCAACGUGGCAUCAAGAUCAGCACCAAUUCCUCAACUUUGGCACCAAAGUGAAAGUUGUCCAGGAGGAACCACUCCUAUUAGAAGAAUAACAGAAGAAGACAUAUUGAGGACAAGUUCUACCCAACAAUUUGGGGAGAAGAAUCACCAGACAAGCCAUCUACCUUCAUACACUGGCGGUCAACGUGUCAACGAGCAUGCCUCAAUUUUUGUGAAAGGGGAUAAAUAUUAUGGAGGCAAGGGAACCAUGAACGUCUGGAACCCUAAAGUUCCACAGGACGUGGAAUGGAGUGUAUCUGCAAUUUGGGUUAUGAAUGAUGCUGAUAAACAAAAGCUCAAUGCAAUUUUUGCUGGUUGGCAGGUGAAUCCAUAUCUAUAG